GCGCCGGCCGUCGAAGAGCGACGGCAAUGGAGGUGGUACUCUUGGGCAGCGAAGGCCUGCCCCCGGGGGCGCUGCUGUCGCUGAAGUGGGGUGACAUGAAGCGGCAAGCACCAGUCUCGCAGACGGGGCAGCAGUUCCGCUUCAACGACUCGGCCACGCACCCCAUGCAAAUGAAGGUGGAGGUGCUCACCCCCAUGGUGCCCGCCCAGAUGGUGCAGAUCGAUCCAGCGCAGGAGAUGUUCGAGGUGGCCUUCGACCCCAAGAUGAAGGUGCGGCUCUCCCAGCGGCCCGUGGCGGAGCUCCAGCGCGCGCCGGUGGAUAUCAAAGGCGCCGCAGAUGGCAAGGGUUUGCCC